UCUCCCCAGGCAGGCUCGCGGCCCCGGCGCAGGCAAGGAUGCGGGAAAUUGUGCACAUUCAGAUCGGCCAGUGCGGCAACCAGAUCGGAGCCAAGUUCUGGGAGGUGAUAGGCGAGGAGCACGGGAUCGACUCGACGGGGAGCUACGGCGGGGACAGCCCCUUGCAGCUGGAGCGGAUCAGCGUGUACUACAACGAGGCCCACGGUAAGAAGUAUGUGCCCCGGGCCGUCCUGGUGGACCUGGAGCCAGGGACCAUGGACAGCAUCCGGUCCAGCAAGCUGGGUGCCCUCUUCCAACCGGACAGCUUUGUGCAUGGUAACUCGGGCGCCGGCAACAACUGGGCCAAGGGCCACUACACGGAGGGCGCCGAGCUGGUGGAGGGCGUGCUGGACGUGGUGCGGCGCGAGAGCGAGGGCUGCGACUGCCUGCAGGGCUUCCAGGCCGUGCACUCGCUGGGCGGGGGCACCGGCUCCGGCAUGGGCACCCUGCUCAUGAGCAAGAUCCGGGAGGAGUACCCCGACCGCAUCCUGAACUCGUUCAGCGUCAUGCCGUCGCCCAAGGUGUCGGACACGGUGGUGGAGCCCUACAACGCCGUGCUGUCGCUGCACCAGCUGGUGGAGCACGCCGACGCCUGCUUCUGCAUCGACAACGAGGCCCUCUACGACAUCUGCUUCCGCACGCUGAAGCUGACCACGCCCACCUACGGCGACCUCAACCACCUGGUGUCCUUGACCAUGAGCGGCAUCACCACCUCCCUGCGCUUCCCGGGCCAGCUGAACGCCGACCUGCGCAAGCUGGCCGUGAACAUGGUGCCCUUCCCGCGCCUGCACUUCUUCAUGCCCGGCUUCGCCCCGCUCACCGCCCAGGGCAGCCAGCAGUACCGCGCCCUCUCGGUGGCCGAGCUCACCCAGCAGAUGUUCGACGCCCGCAACACCAUGGCGGCCUGCGACCCCCGGCGCGGCCGCUACCUGACCGUGGCCUGCAUCUUCCGGGGCCGGAUGUCCACCAAGGAGGUGGACGAGCAGCUGCUCGGCGUGCAGACCAGGAACAGCAGCUGCUUCGUGGAGUGGAUCCCCAACAACGUCAAAGUGGCCGUCUGUGACAUCCCGCCGCGGGGCCUGAACAUGGCCGCCACCUUCAUCGGCAACAACACGGCCAUCCAGGAGCUCUUCACCAGGGUGGGCGAGCACUUCUCGGCCAUGUUCCGCAGGAGGGCCUUCGUGCACUGGUACACCGGCGAGGGCAUGGACAUAAGCGAGUUUGCCGAGGCCGAAGGUGACAUCCAUGACCUGGUGUCCGAGUACCAGCAGUUUCAAGAUGCCAGGGCGGUUGUGGAGGACGAUGAGGUCGCCGGGGAGGUGGAGAUGGAGUCGGGCGACCAGCAGCUGGCACCCUGAGGGAAGCCGGGCGUGCCAGCUGUGGGGCGGGGUCACGACCGUUCCUCCUGGGAGGACGCUUCCCUGCAGCCCUCCCUCGCCCACUCAGGAGGAGCUGACAGCCACUGGGGUGGGGCGAGGAGAAGACAGGGCUGGGGCCUGCCCACACCCGCUGACCUCCAGAGCUCGAUCUCAGUGCACUCCCGUCACCCGUGUGGCCAGCACGCGCCCACCGCAGAGCACUCCCUUGGCGGAAAAUGCACUAUUUUGUCUGCACAGCCCCGGGCCAGGCAAGGCGGGCCUGCAUCU